GACAUUACUAUAUAUAAGAGUAGUGAAACCCCGCAAGUGAAAAGACCACCAUUUCUCAUUUCAUAAAAUAAAUAAAUAAAUGAAUCAAAACAUAGUUUCUGGUGGAAGCUUAUUCAAUGACGAUAAUACCCUCAAUUUACCGGGAAAACAAUCGCCCUUCGCCGCCGACUGUUGGUUCGACGACGCAUGUAUCUUAGACAUGGAUUACUUCGUCAAAACCCUUUCCGGAAUUAAGGCCAAAGGCGUACGCCCCGACUUAAUCGGCUCAAUCAUUACACACUACGCCUCCAAAUGGCUCCCAGACCUCCUCACCGGUACCGGAGAAUCCCUCCCCGAAAUUAAUAACGCCGCCGCCGAAAGCGUAACCGUUUCUUGGAUGAAGAAAAGAUUCUUCGUCGAAACCCUCGUCGGAGUUCUUCCACCGGAAAAAGACGCCAUCCCGUGUAAUUUCCUACUCCGGCUACUCCGAACGGCUAACAUGGUUGGAGUGGAGCCGACCUAUCAAGCCGAGCUGGAGAGGAGAAUCUCGUGGCAGCUUGACCAGGCGUCGUUAAAAGAGCUAAUGAUACCGUCGUUUAGUCACACGUGUGGGACUUUACUCGAUGUUGAACUUGUGUAUAGAUUGGUUAAGAGGUUUGUUAGCUUGGAUGAAUUAACGAAGACUAAUGGGGCGGCGGCUUUUGUGAAAGUGGCUAAGCUAGUCGACUCGUACUUGGCUGAAGCCGCCGUGGAUUCUAAUCUCACUAUGACUGAGUUUGUGGCACUGGCUGAUGCUCUUCCUACUCACGCACGUGCCAUGGAUGAUGGUUUGUACCGAGCCAUUGACACGUAUUUAAAAGCACAUCCGAGCGCAUCAAAACACGAGCGGAAGACUCUUUGCAGGCUAAUAGAUUGCCGUAAACUAUCGCCAGAGGCAUCGCUCCACGCAGCACAGAACGAGAGAUUGCCAGUACGAGCCGUGAUCCAAGUACUAUUCUCAGAACAAUCCAAGAACACUAGUAGAAACAAUGUGAGCGAUUGGAGCGGGUCCUUCAGCGGGGCCCGAAGCCCAAACCCGGGACUCGAGCAACCGACCCGGUGCUUAUCGAAGCGGGAAAUGUCUGUCCAGCAAAUGGAGAUAAGGAGGCUUAAAGAUGACGUGCUUAGGCUUCAAAGUAUGUGCAAUUCAAUGCAAAUUCAAAUUGAGAAACUUUCUGAGAAGAAGAACAAGUCUUCUUCUAAUGGUGGGUUUUUUAGGUGGAAGAAGUUUGGGUUUGUGCCUUUGUCAAUUAAAUCUAAUAGUACUGGUGUGAGUAACAGUGUUGGGGAUCAUAAGAAGAAUAAUAUUGAUCAUGAUCGUGAUGAUGUUGUUGGGUUUGAUCAUCAUGGACAACAAACUCCAAUUAUGAACAUGAAAACCAAGUUGAUGAUCAGAAGAGGUAGGAGUCCACCCAAAUUGAGAAAAUCCAUGUCUUAAUAUAUAAUAAGUAUGAUUAUGUAUUUAGAAUUACAAUGUAUUAAUUUGUGUUACUGCUUUAGUAUGUAAUGUAAUAUCAUGUAUAUGUUGCUUAAUAAUUUGAGUUUUAUUGCCAUAAA